AUGGAUGAGUCUGAAGUGGAAUUAGGGCUUUUAGAGGACGAUGAUGUUGAAAUGGAGGAAGAUGAGCCCAUGGAGGAACUGCCUGAAGAAAAGGUCGAGGAAGAAGAAGAAAUUGAUAUAGAUGCAGAAAAUGAAGAAGAUGAGCUAGAAAGCAGCAAUUUACAGGAAUUAUUAGAAACUGGAGUCAAUGAACUGGAAGAUCCUAUUCGAGAAUUUCGAGAGAAGGCGGUUCAAGCGAGUUCUUACGAUAUCACACCUACUGUAGCCAUUCCAAUGGCUACGAGCAUUAAUGCCUGUGCUUUUACAUCCGGUUUGCGAUGGCUGUUCACCGGUGGUGAAGACGGUUAUAUUCGGAAAUAUGAUUUUGCUGCCAGCGUGAAUGGUCAAUUACCACUUACAGUGGCUCAAAAACAUCCAUUCGUUGAUACAAUUGUCAAUGCGGGUGUCUUAUUGAACUAUUUUACGAAUGGUUACGAGGUCGACAAACCUUCACCUGUUUACAGUUUGGCCGUCCACACUCAAGGCCUUUGGGCUCUUUCGGGCGUAAACAAUGGUGAUAUUAUUAUGUACUCAACAAGACAUCAAGAGGGUUAUCCCAUCACUUCUCUUAAGAAGCACACUGCGCCGGUCUCCAUUUUAACUCUUCAUUCCGAGGAGCGUAGCGUGCUUAGUGGCAGUUGGGAUCGUGAUGUGCAUUUAUGGGAUCUUGAAACUGGUAAUGUUAAGGCUACCUUUUCAGCAGACAGUGGACAAGUGUCUCACAUCCAAUAUCGACCCGUUCCUGGCACCAUCACGGGUACCGAGUCUGAUGAUAUGGAAAGCUUGUUUGGAAGUCCCGUUUCCCGCAGUCCAUGUGAAUCGCUGUUCGGUGAAGAAGAAGCAAAACAGAAAGACGAAGAAAAAGAGCCUUUAUCUAAGGACGACAAAAACCAAGUUACCGUCUCUAACGAUGAAAACACACCAGAAAAACAGGAGGAAGGAAAUGUUUUCUACUCACUUUACAUUGAUGGUAUAUUGGCCUUGUGGGACCAACGGCAACCAAAUGUAAUAUCAAAAUAUCCAGUCCCCAAAGGUGUGCCGCCAUGGGCAAUGUCAGCUUCUUGGGCUGUAGAUGGCAACUCCAUUUUUGUGGGCCGUCGGAAUGGUAUUGUGGAAGAGUUUAAUGUGCAUGGACCGAAAGAACCUGUCCGGGUUUUGCGUAUGCCUGCUAAUUCUGGCCCGGUGUCUGCCGUGUGUCCCACACCGAAUGGACGCUAUCUCGUUACUGGCUCAUACGACAAUGUUAGAUUAUACGAUCUACAGAAAACUUCAGGUAUUAAUUUUUUGAUUAUAUCCGGACAUCAUGGCGGUCUUGUUAGUACUAUAUUUACUGAACCUUCUUGCCGGUUUAUGAUUUCAGCAAGCGGAAACAGAGGUUGGGAAGGCACUACGACUGAGGCGCUACUGGGUUACGUUAUUAAUUCUAACCCGUAA